UUUUCUAGGCUACUCACGAGCGAUAUGUUGAAACUAUUGGAAAAACAUGACAUUGGCUGACACAAUCUGGUUAAAACGUUUGAAACUGCAAAUAGCUUUGUAGGAUAAAUCGGAUGUGUUACAAAAAGUGUCAGAAGGGGUGACGAAAUGGAUCCUUGCAAGGGGGUGUCAACGCAUCAGAGUCAGUGUGUGAUCUUUGAGAGAGAAGAGACCAAAAAUGUCAACCCUAUGACGUUAGUGCUGGCGCACGAAUGAAUUCAGAACAAAUGGACGUGCGAGCCAAAUUCGUGAUCAGAAGACACGGAAAGAACAAGGCGAGAACGAGGUUGGGAGAUCAGGGAAGACCGAAUUUUAAAUCGUUGGGAUUACCAAUGUUUUAUAGCCUAUUCAAUUGUUAUCUAGAGUGUUUUUCUUUGUUUGUACUAGUCACACGUGACUUUCUGGCGGAAACUGUCUUCUAGAAUUAUAGUGCACGGAACUUGGACAUCAUGAUGCCCUUCCUAAGAACCCUGGUAGUGCUGGCUGUCCUCUGCGCGCCAACCUCCAGCCUCUGUCUCAGACUGUACCAGAGCGACUCCAACCUCCUCUGUGACGAUGACAUACUAGCUGAGGUCCAGACGAACGACGUUCCCAGUGACGAGUUCCCAGUGUCGGAAAGCUGGGGCUCCCUCUUCAAGUCCGGAGACACUCUCUCCUCAGCAGAGUCGCGGGAGAAAAGGACGUCGACUUACCCCGCGAACUACAGGUUUCUCAGUCAGACGCAGCUAAGGAGUAAGAUGUUCCAGAACAGCAUAAAUAAUGACCGGCUAAGCAAGUUUACCCUGUCUCUAGAUGUGCCCACCAACAUCAUGAACAUUCUCUUUGACAUCCAAAAGUCCAAGAACCUGCGCGCAAAAGCGGCCGACAACGCGCGUCUGAUGGCGCAGAUUGGACGAAGGAAGAGACAGUAGACUAUCUCUCCGACGGUUGAAGCCGCUACCCUGAUUAUCCAUUACAUAUUACAUUUUCACUCUGACAAAUACGUUUUGCUGGAAGUUUUAUUUUUCCUCGAAUCGACCUUUCAGAUGUAGUAUUUGUGAGAUGUUAUUUUUUUCUGUGGGUAUGAUCUAGCAAAUUUAAAUACGAAACAUAGGGAUUAUUGAGAUUGACUUUUCUGAAGUACAAUUGGAGUGUUUACUGUACAGGCCUAUUAUAUUUUAGAAUCCCUGAAAUUGAAUGAAAAUCAAAAGACAAUUGGAGAUUAUUUUGAACUAGUCUACACACUGAAUGAUUUUAAUUUCUGUUCAGAAUAUACAUUUCAAUUAAUUAAAAUGAAAGUACUUUCAAGAUAAGGUUAGGCCCUAUAAAGCUAUACAACUUCUAGUCUUCCACUGGAGUGUUAAAGGUCGAACCAGGAAAUGUGGUAUAAUGAGAGGGGUCUUUGAAAUUAGAUAAGGCAAAUGAGGAAAUAUGUAAAUUGCAUAUGCAUAAAAUCAGUGGGUAAACUGUAAUUAUCCUGUCAAUGGAAAUGGUUUGCAUUUCCUCUCAAUUGUGCCCGCGUUUUAUAGGAAAAGCAAGGCAUGCAUAUGCUUGAAAUACAGGACAGUACGGUACAAUACAAAUUAUGUGAACAAAUUGCAUUCAUUGAAAUUCGCACGCAUGUUGCGGCAUAUUUAGUGUAAAGAGAAGCGAGUUAGCUUUGUGAAUAGAGCUAGAAUGUGAAAUGUUUCUGAGUUAUUUUAAGGUAAAUGCAUGGUAGCCUCAAUGUUUGAUCAUCAAAUGUCUGUUAUUUUUAUACACAAAGGGAUUAUUUUUCCUCAAAUAAAAGCAGAUGAAUUAAACGUUGCCUUCAAUAACGGCCAUUUUCACAUUUAGAAGGUGUUGUAAUUUAGGUGUUAGGCAUAAGCAAGUCAGUCAGUCAGUCAGCCAAUGGAAAACAACAGUUUUGUCUAUAUGAACUAUAAAUAUAUUAUCGGCCCUAUAUAUGCUAUAGCUUUCAGGUGCGUUAAAACACACACACACACACACACACACACACACACACACACACACACACACACACACACACACACACACACACACACACACACACACACACACACAGUUUGGAGUCAUCAGUGACCAUUACAUUUCCUCGUCUCUGUAUAUGAGGCAGCUCUGCAGAGUGGUCACUAGCUGGCACAGCAACAAAGUCAAAAGAUCUGAUUUUAUACCUAACCCCAGUGGCGACCCGUCAUUCAGGGCAGGUGGGGCAGAGCCCCAUUUGUUUUGAG